AUGAACGCCGUCCGCAAAGCUGUUCGGGCAAUGUUCCCCCCACCUCGCGUCGCUCCUGAUGGUCGCGCAGAGUGGCCUUCUCGAACACCAUACGUACUGGCGUCCAUGGGCGGAGCCAUGGGAUUCGGAAACCUGCUGCGUUUCCCCUCGCAGGUCUUCAACAACAAUGGCAUACAAUGGUUCAUUCCAUACUUGAUGGCCGUCUGCCUCCUUGCAAUUCCAGUGCUUAUCUUGGAAGUGGCCAUCGGACAGGCCUACCGUAGUGGCUGUGUCAUAGCUUACAACGGCCUUGAUCGGCGCUUCACUGGUGUUGGUCUCGGCAUGGUCUGUGUUGGCUACGCUGUGGCUAUCUAUUACAUCCCCAUCCUUUCCUGGGUGAUGAAUCCACAGGAUUACUUCGCGCACGUGGUGAACCAGGUUCCUGCCAUCCCCGCGGUCUACAGCGAUGACGGUAGUAAGGUCCUCCAAUAUGCUUCUUAUCCCGGUGUUAACCUCGAUGGGGAGCUCGUUGGCUGGGUUCUGUUUUCUUGGUUCAUUGUUUGGAUCUGCUUGUACAAAGGCAUCGCCAUCACAGCUCGCGUUGUCUACAUUACCAUCGUCUUACCCAUCCUCAUGACCGUCAUCCUAGUCGGUCGUGGUGCUUCGCUACCCAACGCUGGCCGAGGAAUCAAACUAUACUUUGGCGAGUUCAAUGGUGAUCAGCUCGCUGCUGGCAAGAUUUGGCAAGCUGCGACUAGUCAAGUCUUCUACUCUACAGGCGUCGGUUUUGGCUACUAUACUGCCUACGCCUCCUACAAUUCCAAGUUCUCCGAUGCGGUCCAGGAUGCCAUGAUGAUUUGCAGUGCAAAUGCCUUGUUCGAGUCCUUCGCUGCCUUUGCAGUUUUCGGUGUUGUUGGAUACCUUGGUUUACAGCCUGGUGUUGGCGACCCAGUCGGAACCUACACCCUUGGUUUCUACACCCUUCCCAGCGCCAUCCAGGAAAUGCCCGGCGCCCCAUUUUGGGCAGUCUUGUUCUUCUUGACUCUCUUCCUGCUCGGUAUCAGUUCAUCUUACGCGCUCCUCGAUGCCAUGAUCACAACGAUCUGCGACACUCACUGGGGAAGAAAAUACAAGCACUCGACCAUCGCCACUAUCAUCACUGUCAUCUCGGCAUUGACCUCGUUGUUCUACUCUACCGGGUUUGGUUACGAAGCCACCAAUGCUGUCGACGCACAGAUCAGUAACAUCUCUCUGAUCUUCGUUGUAUGGGCUGAAUGCGUCUGUGCUACUUCCUUCUAUCGCUUUGUCGAUGUAAUUGGUCAAGUAGGCGCACCGUCAUUUUGGCUUUACCAGUGCUCGUACAUUGGCGCUCAGAUCAUUGGUAAUGCCAUUGCACAUAGCGUCUCUGACAAAAUUGGUGCUGGUGUUGGUUUCGGAGUUUACAUUGCAGGCACAGUCAUUGCUGUCGCUCUCGCAAAAGACCCUACUGUUCCAGCGCCACGCUUCUGGGGCCGUAACAAGCUUUUGAACCGUAUCUGGUGGUUCGCCCUUUACUCUGGCAACCAACUUGCGCGCGACCUCAACUACGUUGUAUGCGUCGGCAAGCAAUGGCGACUACCUGUCUUCUGGGCUCCUAUCCUGCGAUACUUUGCCGCCCCCGUCUUGUCUAUCGUCUUUUGCUUCGCAUAUCCCACUUUCUACGCUACACGUGGCGACCCACUACAAAUCUUCGCUUUCAUGGUUGCCCAUCUCAUCGUUUUGGUUGUUCUCGUUGGCUUCAUCAUACCGAAGAGCUUGAAUGUCUUCGUACCUCCAGAGCGACGCGAUGAGGGAAAUAGGCAGUACGCUCCGAUGACCGUUCUUGGGAAAGACGAUACAAACGUUGUCGGUGGUGUUGCGCCGGGGCAGGAAUACGAAGCUGGUUUGCCGCCGGCUUACGAAACUGACAAGGCAGCAGACAAGAAGUGA